CGGCUCGGGAGGCAGCGGUAGCUGCAGCGGCAGGCGCCGCCGGGACGGGCGCGGGCUCCGGCGGGCUCCGGCUUCCUCCGUGUGUUCUCCUACCUGCCUGCUCGCCGCCUGUGAGGUCGGGCUCACCCCAGCGUUGUCGGGAAGGAAGAGGGGGACUGCGAACGCCGACAAGUUCCCGCAGGAGCCUCAGAACCCGGCGGAGACAGAUCCCGCGGCUCCAACGGGACAGGAGUGCGCUCCACGGCGGGGCACACGGCCAGAGCGUUCGCGGCGGGGAGCACCCGGGCCUCCCGCUCUCGGCGGGGCGGGACUCCAUGAGACGGGCCCGCGAGGGGCGCGAGAUCCAGAACCCGGGCGGCGCGCGGCGGAGGCGGAGGGCGGCGCUGCAGCUCCGGAGCCUGGGAGCUACCGGCAGGAGGCGGCGGCGAGAACUUGAACUUGGAGUCGGGAACGGGCGCCCCGGACGCCCCCCGCCGGGGCCGGGGCGCCGAGGGGCCUGGGCGACUGCGCUGCCCCCCGAAUGGCCGCGGCGGCGGACCAAGUUCCCGCGCCGCGGCCCUAGGUGGCCUCUCGCCAUGGCCAAGUGGCUGAAUAAGUACUUCAGCUUGGGAAACAGCAAGACCAAGAGCCCUCCACAGCCGCCGCGACCCGACUACAGAGAGCAGCGGCGCCGGGGCGAACGGCCUACGCAGCCCCCCCAGGCAGUGCCGCAGGCCCCCGCGGCCGCCUCGGCGUCCUGCGGCCCGACUACUGCCUCCUGCUUCGCAGCCUCGUCGGGCUCCCUGCCCGACGACAGCGGCAGCACGAGCGACCUCAUCCGCGCCUACCGCGCGCAGAAGGAGCGUGACUUUGAGGACCCCUACAACGGGCCCGGCUCGUCCCUGCGCAAACUGCGCGCCAUGUGCCGCCUGGACUACUGCGGCGGAGGUGGGGAUCCGGGCGGGAGCCAGCGCGCCUACUCGGCCUCGUCCGCGUCGGGAGCCGCUGGCUGCUGUUGUGCUUCCUCGGGCGCGGGCGCCGCCGCGUCCUCCUCCUCCGGCUCCCCGCACCUCUACCGCAGCAGCGAGCGACGGCCAGCCACGCCGGCGGAGGUGCGCUACAUAUCCCCCAAGCACCGUCUAAUUAAGGUGGAGAGCGCCGCGGGCGGGGGCGCCGGGGACCCUACGGGGGGCGCCUGCUCUGGCGGCCGCACCUGGAGCCCGACGACCUGCGGAAGCAAGAAACUGCUCAACAAGUGUGCACUUUCCACUGCGGAGGAGAGUGGGGCUGGCAAGAAGGAAAAGGUGACGAUCGCUGAUGACUACUCAGAUCCCUUUGAUGCCAAGAAUGAUCUCAAGAAUAAAGCAGGAAAGGGAGAGAGUGCUGGCUACAUGGAGCCCUACGAAGCCCAGAGGAUCAUGACAGAAUUUCAGAGGCAAGAAAGUGUUCGGUCCCAGCACAGAGGCAUCCAGCUCUACGACACCCCUUACGAACCAGAAGGCCAAAGCAUCGACUCCGACUCAGAGAGCACCGUCAGCCCCCGGCUGCGGGAGAGCAAACUCCCCCAGGACGACGACAGGCCCGCCGACGAAUACGACCAGCCGUGGGAAUGGAACCGAGUCACCAUCCCCGCACUGGCAGCCCAGUUUAAUGGCACCGAGAAGCGGCAAGCGUCCCCCUCACCUUCCCGGGACCGGCGGCGCCAGCUUCGUGCUCCCGGUGGAGGCUUCAAGCCCAUCAAACACGGGAGCCCCGAGUUCUGUGGGAUCUUGGGAGAAAGAGUGGACCCUGCUGUCCCCCUGGAGAAGCAGAUAUGGUAUCACGGAGCCAUCAGCAGGGGCGACGCCGAGAGCCUGCUCAGACUCUGCAAGGAGUGUAGCUACCUGGUGCGGAACAGCCAGACCAGCAAGCACGACUACUCCCUCUCCCUGAAGAGCAACCAGGGAUUUAUGCACAUGAAACUGGCCAAAACCAAAGAGAAGUACGUCCUGGGUCAGAACAGCCCCCCAUUCGACAGUGUCCCUGAAGUCAUCCACUACUAUACCACCCGGAAGUUGCCCAUCAAAGGGGCUGAGCACCUGUCCCUGCUGUACCCCGUGGCUGUGCGGACCCUGUGAGCAGACCAGCCCUACCUGCUCUGUGACAGAGCUUGAGACUUGGAGGAACCAGAGGCCCCUGGGGCCCUCCUGGCCCUGCCAGCGUGUUCAGUGUGUGUCAUGUGUAUGGUACUAGCACAUCACUGCAUGUCUCUAGAAUGCUGUUGCCACUCGUGGGGGCUGGCGAAAGCCUGGAUCAAGACAGAGGG